CCAAGCUAUCAAGAUGGAUUCUCCCAUACUGGAACCAUCCUUUUACACCGUGAAAGCAGUUCUGAUCCUGGACAACGACGGAGACAGGCUGUAUGCCAAGUAUUAUGAUGAUACAUACCCAACAGUGAAGGAGCAGAAGGCGUUUGAGAAGAACGUAUUCAAAAAAACACACAGGACAGACAGUGAGAUAGCUUUACUCGAGGGUCUUACUGUUGUUUACAAGAGCAACAUAGACCUCUUCUUUUAUGUGAUUGGAAGCUCACAUGAAAAUGAGCUCAUGCUCAUCGCUGUUCUAAAUUGCCUCUUUGAUUCGCUCAGUCAGAUGUUGAGGAAAAAUGUUGAGAGGAGGGCGUUGUUGGAGAAUAUGGAGGGACUCUUCCUGGCUGUGGACGAGAUUGUGGACGGAGGGGUGAUCCUGGAAAUUGACCCGCAACAAGUUGUGCACCGUGUGGCUCUCAGAGGGGAUGAUGUGCCUUUGACGGAGCAGACGGUCACACAGGUUCUUCAGUCUGCCAAAGAACAGAUCAUGUGGUUGCUUCUACGAUAGAGUGACCAGUCUACCAGUGAGCCGCUGUUCAGACCAGUCUUCAUGUCACUUAUCU